AUGGCCAAGACCACGUGUGAGAUUAUCUGGAUUCUUGGGCUUUUAAAGGAUCUGAAAGUACAGGUAAAGAGGCAUGUCACUCUAUACUGUGACAACAAAGCUACAAAUGACAUCGCAACAAAUCCAGUAUUCCAUGAAAGAACAAAGCAUAUAGAGAUUGAUUGUCAUUUCAUCAGAGAAAAAGUUCAAGGAGAGUGUACCUUUCGGAGAGGCACCACAGAGAAAAGACCAAGAAAGCUGACAAUGAAGAGAAAGCCAAUAAUCCAUCCUAGCGAAGGGUUUUUGAAACCAUGGUUGGAGUCUUCAGAUUGCACAGCAAUUCGCUCACUCAGUCCAAAGAGAUCAUUAAGUAAAGGAGAAAGAAAGAGGCCGCAAAUUAACAUUACCACUGAAGGCUAUGCCGGAAGAGGCCACAACACAGGUUUGAAUGACUGUAUUCUCCUGCCUGGUAAAGGGUUGCCUUAAAAGACUAGAUUUUUCAAGAAAUUUAGUCCAAGUCUUGACAAAGAAGAACCCCAGAAGGCCGGCAGAGACAUUGAGAGAAGGAAUAAUACCAGUAGUGAGAUUCAACUUCAUGACUAUGAAGCUGAAAAGUAUACUCAACACAAAGCUCACCACAAAGGCUCUCAUUGUUAACU